AUGAGUGUGAGCCUAUUGAAACCAAUAGUACAUCUAUACUACCCACUCCCACCCCAAGUAAGUUCUGAGAAGCCUAACAGUAGAGGAAACGUGGGCUUCACUUUCCGGGGUGUGCCCAGGGUUGGAGACAAGCCAAGACCGGCGUGGUGCCUGAGCUGGUGGCUGGCGCUGGCUAAGCAGAUAGGCCUGGGAGCGGCCCCAUGUCCUCCCGGCACCCUGGAAGGAUGGGAGAGUUUUGCAUCUCCCCCUGCCUCACGCAGACCCAGGGUGGCCGUGACAGUCACAGCCAGCGCGCUUGCAGGAUUGUGCCACGCGGGGUGGGAGGACGCCGCGGCGAAGGACGUGAUGUCGACUGUUCAUCUGGCGUCCAGGAGAGGGCGCUGCCACGGCUCAGCUGACCUACCAGAGAGAACAGGGUGGCUGGGAGAAGCGAACCGGGCAGACGGUUCCCACCGCAGUUACGGGGGGAGGAUGCUAACUCCGAGACAGAUGGGAGGAAGGAUGGAGCAGGAGACAGCUGCGAGGAUGCAGGGCCACGCCCAGGCACCCAGACCCCUCUCCCUAAGUCUUUCUGCCUCGUCCCCUCUCCCACUCCCCCUCCCAGAGCUGAAAGCAGGGGAGACUCCAAGAAUUCAGUUUGGUGUGUCCUGUCUGAUGCAAGCCUUUGGGGAAAGAAUAUCAGAAAUGCAGGAAACUCGGAAUUUCUUCUGCUUUCUCUGCCUGAAGAGCCAUGAUAAGUUUAUUCACAGAAAUGAGAGAUACACUGAAAUAAAAGCAGCCGAGGGAGACAUGCUAAUCUUGGGUAGAUCUGCAGGGAAUGGCCAUCCUGAGACAUGAGUUUAUCUGAGCCUCUGGAGAACCAAGAAUUGUCUGGAAAUACUGAUCACCUCCUUUUUCAGCUCAGGCCACACAAAGAGACAAUUUGGGCAGAUGAAUGGAGUGUGUUACCCUGGAAGCUAGAAAUCAUUGUGUCCCGACUUCUUGGAAAUGUUCCUUGUCUUCUAUGGACAAGCAAGCUGAGCUUGGACAAAGGCAUCCAAAGAGCUUUCCAAAGCAAUGUGAGGGUUAUCUGUCACUAACUCAUGGCUAGAAGUAAUUUUUCUGAUCUGAUAAGCAGGCAAGAUUCCUUUCGCAAAAUUCCAUGUCUUGAACAACUUGCUCAACUAGAGGAAGACUGUUUCUUGAUGAAGCUUAUACAAGUUGUUGGAACAUUUCGACUGGAAAUAGAUCUGUUCUCUGGCUUUAAAGUGCCGCAGCCUAUUUGGGGCUAUUCACCAAUGGCAAUGGCUCACUCCCUGUGGUGUCAUUACUCUCUGUUUUUAUAUGGUGAGCCUUUUUAAUCAUAUGUUGAACCCCCAUGUAAGUGUCAGAGGGAUUCUUCUUAGAAUGUGUGAACAUGUGUUUUGUAUUCAGUGUUUUCUGUCAUGGAGGGGAUGGAUCCAAAUCAAAGUUUCUUGACAACAAUGAGCAGCUAUUGCUCCUCCACUUUGUCGUCCCCAGGGCGGCCCAGCUUCAACAAGCAGCAUUUCCCUUUGCCAACACAGCUGUGGAACUGGAACCAGCUGGAGACUCAAGAGUGAUCAGCCUUCUCGGACUUAAUUUGGAGGAAUGCCCAAAGGACAUCUGAGUGUGGACUGGGCAUUUUUUCUUGAGGAUGGCUGGGAGAGGAAAGAAAUGGGGCCAGUGGGAAGUAAAAGAGAAGCCAUGAGAUGCUUAUUGAAGUUUUGUGGGACAAGGAGGAAAUAUUCCUUCACCUUUAUUCCAAUGUCCUUUUAUAUCUCCUUAAAUUCUGCUACUUGUUCCCAUGUUAACUCUUGUGUAAGAUUCCUCCUCUAGUAAAAAAGGCUUGCAUGAAAAAAUGAUUCAUAUUCAUAGAGUCGAUUCUGAUGAAAAUAAUCCCUAGAGCCUUGGUGCACUGUGUCCUGAAUUAAAAUGCUUUGUAUGUUCAAGGUUUGGGUUUGUCUGACUCCUGGGAUGUCAUUAAUGGCUUGUGCAUAUUAAGCUAUAUUCCAAAUUCUGCUCUUUUGCUCUGGUAAAUAAAUUAAGAAAUCCAGUUAUGAUACAUCUGGAAGACUUUAAAAAAGGGUGUGUGUGUGUGUGGAUUUUCAUCCAGAUGGGAAGGUUUAAAUGUGAUACUGCUAGAAUUUGGGACCUCUCUUGGCCAUUUUCAAUAGCUGAACUGUAUAAUUGUAUAAUCCUAUGAAGAUCUAACCAGCAAUCCCAAUAGAUGGGGAUAGAUUACAAAAUUUGACAAGAUGUGGAGAGAAAUUCAAUUCAAUUUUUUGCAUGCAGUAUUAUAAAUAAAACCUGGGAGUUUUAAAAUGUGACUUCUUGUCUCAGCUCUGCCCCUAAUUAGGUGUAUGACUUGGGGAAGGUGCGUUAACUUCUCUGGGCCUAGUUUCCUUACCUGUAAAUGAAGAGGUUGGACUUGCUUGAUGAUCCCCAAUGUCCCUUUGAGUUCAACCUACCCCAAGUAAAAUCCUUAAUUCUUUCCGUUUCCUUUUGUCCAUCAGCCUCCACACUCCCUUCUCAUUUCCUAGUCCUCAUUCCAAUUGGUUCCUUGAUCCCAGCUUCUCUACUGGCUAGCUGUGUGAACUUAGGCAAGAUGUUUAACCUUGCUGAGCCAAAGUUCUCUUCUCUGGAAAGAAAGGUGGGUAGGGAGUAAUAAUAUUGUUUGUUUCAUAAAGUCAUUGUGAGGAUCCGAGAACUUAUACAUGCAAAGUGUUUGGCUGGGAAUAAUACAUAAAUGAAUGUGAGCCAAGAUUUGUGAUUUUCCUUGGGCUGAUUUUAUGUGUUUGAGUAUAGCUGAUGCACUUUAUUUAUGGUUAACAGCAUUAGAGUAGCAGUCAUCAUUAUCAAGAGUGGAUUCCAUUGAUUGAAGAAAUAAAAUGAUCAGAUUAUUGCCCCCUUUCUCUUGUCCAGUCUCCCACUCCGUUUAUGACUCUUCCACUUCCUCAUAUGGAAACACAGAGUGAAUCACAAGGGGCUCGUCUCAAUUUGGAGACCCUGAAAGCAAGAUCCAAGCACAUGUCUGCUUUUGAUGCUUGUGGGUUAAACUAAAGAUUGGAACUAUCAACAUUAAGCUAGAGUCAGGAAAAUAUAUAUAUAUAUUUAUAUAUAUGUAUAUUCCAAGUGAAACCCUAGAAAGAAAUAACCUUAUGGGGUAAUAGAGUUUUAGAGAAAUAUACUUAUUUUUUUAACUUCUAAUUAUAUACAGUAAAAUGCCCAGCCCUUAAGUGUACAGUUGUAGGAGUUUUGACAGAUGCAUACACUGUGUACACGAUGCCCGAAUCACGAUAUAGAACAUUAACGCUAGAAAGUUCCCUCAUGCCGCUUUCCAGUCAAUUGCCCUCCUCUGCCCAAGGAAACUAUUAUUUCAAUUCUUGCCCCUAUGGAUUAGUUUUGUCUGUUCUUGCACAUCAUAUAAAUGGAAUCAUACAUAUGCUCUCUUUUGUGUCGGGCUUCUUUCUCUCAGUGUAAUGCAUAAGAAAUGAAUUCUUGUUGCAUGUAUCAGUAGCUCAUUCCUCUUCAGUGCUAAGGAGUUAAUAUUCCACUACAUGAAUAUGCUGCAAUUUCUUUAUUCAUUUUCUG